CGCUCUCUGUAUCCUGUACCAUAAUGGCACGAAAAAUUCCUGUCACACAGUCGCAACAAGAUACCUCGGAGUUACGAGUCGUGAUUUGAAAUGCAAUCCCGUUAUCCGAAGUUUGGGUGCGCGUGCUGUGCACACAAGCUGGCUUGGCACAUGAAGUGUUUGUGAAUUGUGGCCCGGGGUCCCCAUGGUGAUGGAGUCCCAAUUGAUCUACUGAUCCCCCACCUGACUAUAUUCUGGACGAGUACGACGUGGAGUACUUAUUACUACAAGAUGUCAUCGUCCUCUAGGGUGUGCUACAGCUAUUCACAGACAGCCACUUGUCGAUUCGGCUCCCAGUGCAAGUAUGCGCAUGACGAAGGGCUCGAAGUCACCAAUGGUACACAGACACCUCUAGACGGUUUUUUUGCAACAUACUCCGUGUUCGACUACGACUCGUCUGCGUCAGCUCCAUCGGAGUUUUACCGGAUGUGCGGCCAGUUUUGCUGGGAUAGGGAAGAUAAAGAGAGAGAAAAAGCUCACAGUGAUUUCAAGGACGCCCUUGUUCGGCAGUUCAACGAGAUAUAUGGCACGGAUGUGAAUGAUCUCACUUCAUGGCGCAAUUUGUGUCAGACCGUCCGCAUUUCACCGAUUCCUGACACUCUCAAAUCAUGCCGCGAGGCGGUCAAAGCCACUCAUGUCAAUAUCGUUGACUUGAUCGAUGCAAAAGUGACCAAGGACCCAGUGACCAGAUUUGUUUCCGAGGCGAAGCUGAGCGAGUAUACCAAAUCGACGGGAAAGUUCUUUCCAACAGAUAAUGCAUAUGCUGGUGGUCUCUUAAGGUACCUGCUCCGCCGUAUUUUGAACCCUGGACAAGGACGCGUGUCUAGGUCUGGUCAGAAGACGCAGACCCGGGGCAAGCGUAGGCGUCACUAGAAUCUACGUUCCGAUUCUUAUGUCAUUCUCAUCCGCGGGUUGGAUUGUGCUACAGAAUGCUACAGAGCGGUCUGUAGCAUUCUGUAGUGAAUUACGUUUCCCUGAUGCGCUUGUACAUUAGGUGUCGUUGUAAAGCUUC